AUGACAACACAUACAAGCCAAGGACAAACACUCGGUAAAAUUAUCGUCGAUCUGGUCAUGCCUCCUGGACCACUCGAAGUUGCAUCGGCUUAUGUUCCAUUAUCUCGUGUAAAGACACUUGACGAUAUACUUAUUAUACGGCCAUUUGUAUUUGCAACACUUCAAGUUAAACCAUCAACGGCCCAAAUAGAAGAACUUAAACGAUUAGAUAGAAUAGCACAAGAUACUCGGAAACGCUUUCAAUUCACAGUUUAA